ACAGAGGAACCGAGAAGAAGACGAGGCUCACUCAGGGCAGAAGCUCCCUGAUUAAAGCACCCAGCAGACACCGGUGGUGGUCGGUGAUAUCUUGCCGAAGAACCCUAAACAAACUACUAACCAUGAAGAACGAAGGUAUAGAGGGCAUGGAGAGGUUCCUGAGCCCGGGCAGCGGCAGAGGCCUGCGGGCGCUGAGGCACUUCACGGAGGGGGAGCUGGUGUUCGCCUGCCCUGCCUACUCAUACGUGUUGACAGUGAAUGAGAGGGGAGCCCACUGUGAGCACUGCUUCUCCAGGAGAGAAGACCUUUUCAAGUGUGGCAAGUGUAAGCAGGCUUACUACUGCAAUGUUGACUGUCAGAGAGGCGAUUGGCCCAUGCAUAAGCUGGAGUGUGUAGCUAUGAAUGCCUAUGGGGAAAACUGGUGUCCAUCAGAGACGGUCAGACUGGUGGCUCGAAUCAUCGUGAAACAGAGAGUCACAACAGAGCGCACCCCUUCAGAAAGGCUGCUACUGCUCAGAGAGUUUGAAUCCCAUUUAGAUAAGAUGGACAGUGAGAAGGACGAGAUGAACCAGACAGACAUAGCAGCGCUGCACCACUUCUACUCCAGACACAUUGGUGACCUUCCUGACAAACAGGCUCUCACUGAGCUAUUUGCACAGGUUAACUGUAAUGGUUUCACUAUAGAGGAUGAGGAGCUCUCACAUCUGGGAUCAGCUGUUUUUCCCGAUGUAGCACUGAUGAAUCACAGCUGUAGUCCUAAUGUCAUAGUGACCUAUAAAGGCACAGUGGCGGAGGUCAGAGCUGUCCAAGAGAUAAACCCUGGCGAUGAGAUAUUUAACAGCUACAUAGACCUGCUCUAUCCAACAGAGGACAGGAAAGAGAGGUUGUUAGAUUCCUACUUCUUCACAUGCCAGUGUACGGAGUGCACCACCACGUCUAAGGACAACGCAAAAAUGGAGAUCAGGAAGCUAAGUUCUCCACCAGAGCCAGAGGAAAUCCGAUCCAUGGUCCGUUAUGCCAAGAAUGUCAUUGAGGAGUUCAGGAGAGCCAAACACUACAAGACCCCCAGUGAGCUGCUGGAGAUGUGUGAGUUUAGCCAGGAGAAGAUGGGAGCUAUAUUUGCAGACACCAACGUCUACAUGCUGCACAUGAUGUAUCAGGCCAUGGGUGUCUGUCUCUACAUGCAGGACUGGGACGGAGCAAUGAGCUACGGAGAGAAGAUCAUACAACCAUACAGUGUUCACUACCCAGCUUACUCUCUGAAUGUGGCGUCUAUGUAUCUGAAACUGGGACGUCUGUAUUUGGGGCUUGAAAAGAAGACACAGGGAGUCAAAGCGCUGAAGAAGGCAGUUGCCAUCAUGGAGGUGGCUCAUGGGAAAGAUCACAAUUAUGUAGCGGAAGUCAAACGAGAAAUCGAGGAGCAGAAGUAAAUGAGGUGCAGCAUGAGGAGCAAAAAGAAGAAAGAAACAGGCACUGGAUUAAUGGAACCUCUUUUAAAGCAACAACAACAUAAAUACACAUCACAACUGCAUGUCAUGCAUCUUAAACUGGUCCGUGUUUCACACCUCUUUGUGGGCAGUUUUUUUUUUUUUUUUUCUUCAAGUCUACAUAUGACUGGGAGCUGAGGAUGACCAUGUUUUGUACCUGCAGCUCUCCACUUACUUUUAGAUCUGGUCUGGAAAGCAAAACGCUUAGGGUUUAAAUGCUUGGAAUGAAAAAAUGUGACUGAAAUACUUUUUUGUGAUGAAGCUCAUUAAACCAUUCAACACCAAUACUGUAAUUAAAGAAAUGUCAUCAGUGGGGG